AUGGCCGCCAAGCUGCCAAUUUCGGUUCCUGACACGACGACGAAGGGACACCGGCUCGCGUUCCAGCCACGGAGGAGGACAUCGUAUAGCUCGAGCAGUGACAUUUUUACUACCACCACAACUUCGGAAACAAGCGCAACAUCGAGCAUAGAUAUUCUGAUGACGAUGGCGUUCCUUCCAGUGGCUGCGGGAUGCGCCGCCUCCGACCUUCGCACCGUGGGACGACCGCCGGUCGUCUCGGCGGGAGGAGCCGGCAACGGCCAGGUCCCCUACACCAACGGCGCGCCCGCGCAGGCGUCGUUCGCUCAAGCCAUCUCUCAGAAGGUCGCAGCAGCACCGGCGGCCGCGCAGCUCCGGGCUAACGCUGCUGCUGGUGUUGCUCCCCCUAUGACCAUGAACCAGGCCAUUAACGGUACCAUCGUGAACCACGGCGUGGGAAUCACCGCCGCCAACGGGCCUCGCAGCGUGGCCCCCACCGAGGGAUCGCUGCCCGAGCCUUCGCCUCCGCCCACGGGCGCCGGUGGUGUGCGCGGACACACAAACGGCAUCUGCGGAGGCAGGGACAAGGCGCAGAGCGACGAGCUCCGGCUACAGGAGAUCCAGAGGACCUUACCGUCCCACUUCCCGCGUCGACCCGCCCAAGGUAAGCUCGGGCGACCCAUCCAGCUCACGGCGAACCACUUUUCCGUCGAGAUCCCGGCGGGCAACGUGUACCACUACGACGUGGAGAUCUUCUCCGAGAACAACAAGGAGGUCAAGAUCCCCGAAAAGCGCAAGUACCGCUGUAUAAGCACCAAGAUCAAUCGACUCGUCAUCGAGCUCCUCGUCAAGAAGUACCGCAUCGAUCUGGGCAACUGCGUGCCGGCCUUCGAUGGGCGCAAGAACCUCUACACCCGUCGGGAGCUCAAGUUCCGCGAGCGGACCUUCGCGGUGGACCUCGAGGAAGACCAGAGGGUGCAGAAGUUCGUCGUCAAGAUCCAGUACGCGGCCACCGUGAACCUGGACGCCCUGCACGCGGUCUUCGAGAACAAGGUCAACACCGUCCCGCAAGAGGUCCUGCAGGCGGUCGACAUCGUCCUGCGUCACGGUCCUUCCAUCAAGCUGACUCCCGUCGGGCGGUCCUUCUUCAAGCCGCCACCGCCCAACGAGGCGCACUCGCUGGGAGGCGGUCGCGAAGUGUGGUUCGGCUACUACACCAGCGUGCGACCCGCGCAGUGGAAACCCAUGCUCAACGUGGACAUGUCAGCCACGGCAUUCUACGAGCCCCUGCCCGUCAUCUCGUUCAUGUGCAAGAUCUUCAGCGACGGCCGCCGCGAGAUGACCGCGGGAGACUUCCGGGACCUGCGUGACUUCCAGAACGUGCGGCUCAACAAGGAACUGAAGGGCCUGCGCAUCAAGGUGACACACUUGCCCUACCCUCGGAAGUACAAGGUCGUCCGGGUCACCAAGGAACCCGCCAAGAAACUCUACUUCAACAUGGAGGACGGCUCGCGGUGCUCGGUCGCAGACUACUUCCAGAGCCGCUACGGCCGGCUGGUCCACCCGAACCUGCCCUGCAUACAGGUCGGCAGCGCCACGCACCCCGUCUACCUGCCUCUGGAAGUGUGCGAGCUCGUGGAAGGGCAGCACUGCAAGAAGAAACUGGACGAGAACCAGACCUCCGAAAUGAUAAAGCGCACCGCCCAGCCGCCGGCCAAGCGCUUCAACGAGAUCCGCCAGUCCGUGCGGGACUUGGUCAGCAGUAGCGAUCAGUGCCUGCGCGAGUUCAACAUCAAGAUCAGCACCGAGCCGACUCAGCUUAAAGGGAGGGUGCUCGAGCCUCCGUCUCUGGUCUUUGAGAACAACGCGGUGAGCAAGCCUCGCGAGGGCACCUGGGAGCUCCGCGGUCGCCACUUCUACAAGGCCGCGUCUCUGACGCGCUGGACGCUGCUCAACCUCAGCCGCUUCGCCCAGCGCGACAGCUUGGACAACUUCGUCAAGAUGCUGGUGCGCACGGGCCACGAGCUCGGCAUGCGCAUCGAGCAGCCGCUGGACGUGAGCGCGGCCGACACGAUCCGCAAGCCGAUCCGCACCGUGCUUCUGGAGGAGCAGCGCAAGCAGCCCAACAUCGAGAUGAUCAUCAUCGUCCUCGCCAAGAACACCAACUACGCCGAGAUCAAGCAAGUGGCCGAGACCGAGAUCGGGCUGCGCACCCAGUGCGUCAUGGACAACAACGUCGUCAAGAAGUGCAACCCCGCCCUGGUCACCAACCUGUGCCAGAAGAUCAACGCCAAGCUGGGUGGAACCAAUAACAGCCUUCUCUCCCAGGAGAAGCCGGCCAUAUUCCAGAAGCCCGUCAUCAUAAUCGGCGCUGACGUCACUCACCCGGCUCCCGGGGACAAGCUCCGCCCCUCCAUCGCUGCCUGCGUCGGCAGCCUGGACUCGAUACCCUCCAAGUUCCAUGCCUCCAUCCGCGUCCAGAUGGAGGACUCGGCGGCCACGUCCCGCGUGGAGAUCAUCAAGGACUUGAAGGACAUGAUGAAGGACAUGCUCAAGGCCUUCUACCGGGCCACCAAGCACAAGCCCGAGCGCAUCAUCUUCUACCGGGACGGAGUUAGCGAGGGGCAGUUCAUGGAGGUCCGCAACCGAGAGGUGAGUGCCAUCCGGCUGGCCUGCCAGGAGCUCUCGCCGAACGAGACGUACGAGCCGGCCCUGACCUUCAUCGUCGUCCAGAAGCGACACCACACCCGGUUCAUGCCGGCCAGCGACCGCGAUGGUGUUGGCAAGUGCCGAAACGUCCCGCCCGGCACCACCGUCGACUCCGUGGUCACUCACCCGCUGGACUUCGACUUUUUCCUGUGCAGCCAUUUCGGGAUUCAGGGCACGAGCAAGCCGUCCCACUACUACAUCGUCUGGGACGACUCCAACUUCUCGGCAGACGACCUGCAGAAGCUCAGUUACUACCUCUGCCACACGUACGCCCGGUGCGCGCGCAGCGUCAGCAUCCCGGCGCCCGUGUACUACGCCCACCUGGCCGCGUACCGGGCCAAGAACCACGUGAUGAGCAAGGUCGACGUCUCGAGCUCGAGCAGCGACUCCUCGGGUGGCUCGGCUGACUCGGUCACCACCAGCCAGUACGUGGAGGCCGUCAAGGUGCUCGACUCCCUGCAGACGGCCAUGUACUUCGUCUGAUCAGUGCUGCAGCAGCCUUCAUCAUCCUCCGGUCCCG